GUUUUGAAUUUGAUCAUAUCCUUUAUUUUCUCUGGAUAUGUCGACCUUAAUACUGUACAGAAAAAAUGAAAAAAAUACUUUCUUUUUUCGAUUAUGAAUCAUUGUAUUGAAAAAGAAAGUAUUUUUCAUUUUUACUGUAUAGUAGUUUUAUGUUGAAAAUGACUGUUUAAAGUUGAAAUAUCCGGAGAAAAUAAAGGAUAUGAUGAAAUUCAUAACAGCUGCAUUAUCAAUCAUGUUUUUAAAAGAUACAUGGAAUGAAUAGUAUUUGUUGUUUUUGUUCUUCUUAGAUGUUGCUAAUAACCACCUCGUCGAUUUCACAUCAUCACCUGUCGCCAUUCCAUCACAGACUCAUGUGACACCUGAUGUUGAAACAACUCGUUUCGAUUCUCGUACAUCAAAAGCUUUUGCUCGUUCCCAAUUAGCGAAGCGAUUUUCAUCGGCGAACACUCAACCUUAUCAACGACAUAUACCUGUGCAGUCUUUGUCCAAUACAAACAUUGUAUCUGUCAAUAAUCCAACAAGUCAAGAUCAAUCGUCCUUAGCUGCUACGGUAGCAGCUAGUGUCGCUGUAUCAGUCACUCAACCAUUUUUAAAAUUACACAGUGAGUUUGAACAAAAAGUCAAAUCGGUUUUAGACAAAAUUCAAGAUGGCACAACCGUUGUUCAUCCAACAUUGGUACAACACGAGAAACCCAUAGUUGAUCGUUUUCAACAACAAAUGAAUGAUUGCAUCGAUACAAGAAUGAAAUAUAUGGAAAAAGUUCAAGAACAACAACAAAUUGUUCUAAAAGAAUUAGUUCAAGUUAUUGAUCAAAAAAAAUAUCAACAACAAACAAACACAAAAUCACCGAAACAACAAUAUUCACCUGAUUACAAUACGAAACUCUCAUUAUCGACAUCGAGAAAACAGGAGGAUAAUCAACAAUUGACUAAUCACACUGCCGCCGUUGAUCAAUUGGGAUUUUUAAACACUCUAAUCAAUCCGUCACCUCCCACUUCGCCACCAGUACGUCUUCAUUCAUUAAAAACAACCAGUCACAAAACUCAUCGUUCAUCAAAAAAGGUUCAUCAGUCCCAACCCUCAGCUGCUAAUAAUACAAAACGUCUUCGCGUCGGCCGUCCGUCAACUGGCCAAACUCAACGUCAUCGCAAAUCUCCUUCACCGCCUUUACUAAAAACAAAAUUCAACGUUCAUCGAUCCCUCUCACCCCCAUCGAAUCUUUAUCCCUGUUCGGUUUGUGAUCGAUCAAAAUCUCGUUCGCCAUCACCAUCGGACGCCUCACAUCCACGACCCUACAUUCCAUUACCAUUUCAAGAUCAUUCUCCACCUGAACGACCGCAUACAUCACAGACAAUGCAUUCGGAUGGAUUUAUCCCCCACGAUACCAGACCCAUUUAUUCAGCUAUUGAUGAAACGUAUUUACCAUUCGAUAAAUAUUUAAACAAUAAGGAUGCACCUACAUUGCAUGAACAACGAAAAGUACAAGAUGACGAUAAAUCAUCAAAUUUACGUUUAAUGUUAACCGAGUUAGAAGAAGCAAAGCUAAGAAUUGAUGAAAACUAUUCAACGUUAGAAAGACGAAAAAACGAUCCGUUAUAUUUGACACAUCUAGAAUUAGAAUCAAAGGAUAAAGCCAGAAUUUAUCGGUUGGUUGAUCGAUGUGUUAAAACAGUAACGAAGCAAGUUCAAGAAGAAGUUAGUCACAAUUUAGAAUUGGAAGAAAUCGCUUUUAGAGAACAAACGGAAAAAGAACGGGAAUUACAACAGAUGAAUAAAAAACAAACGAAGAAAAUAUUUUCAUCUCGUACACAAUUAGCAUUCGAUCGACAUUUAACACUGAGAGGGCAACAGAAUGUUUCACCACGUGACACAGGUGGUGUGAAAGUGCCAUAUAGUGAAGAAUUUAUGCAAAGUGUUUAUGGACGAUCGUUAUAUCAACGAAUUAAAAAAGAAGGAAAACAACCGUAUUUAAAACUGAAAGGAAUUAAACAACAACCACAAAUUCAAAAACAACCACAUCAGAUCGAUUACAUACCAGUCAAAGAAAAAAAGUCUCCGUCUGCCACAAUUCUUAAUCCUCCAUUGAUUGUUCAACGUCAAACUGAUCCACCUCAAAUCGAUCAUAGUAGUGAGGCAACAGUUCCCUAUCAAUUAUCUCGCAAUGCCAUUUUACUUGCUCGACCACAAGUUCGCGACACUAGAAUUCUUCAACCAAACUAUAUUCCGUCCACUAAUCAACCAUCCACAUUAGAGAAAAAACUCACCCAAAAUGUUUUACCAGCUGUUGAUAUUUUACCUUCAUCAUCGAAAAAAGUUCGAUUUGGACAAAAAACGGAAACAAUGAGACACGAUCAAGAUGAUGAUGACGAUGAGGAAGAAGAUGGACAAGGUGUGCAUUUACCAGGCUAUCAAACAGAUUUUGGUCCACCCUAUGAUGGAGUCAAAUUUCCUCCAACUGCACAACAGGAUCAAGGUUAUCAGGAUAGAAAAUAUGAUCAUUUACACACAGGUACAGUUGAUUGGUUAGAACAAGAACUGAUCGCUCGAUUUAUGUCUCAGUUGCAAUCACGUGAUCCACAACCACCGUCAGUUAAGAAACGUCACGAUUCACUCACAUCGUCGGAAUCGAGUGAUCACAGUCUUCAUUGUCGUUUACUCGAUGUACUGGGCCAAGAUGGAUUUCGUUUGUUUGUCGACAUGGGUCAACCCAUUGAUCAAGAUCUAAUUCAAGCUUUGACGAGAGAAGUUUUAGAAGAAAGAAUUGCACAAAUGAUUGGAUAUCAUACACCACGUGAGAGUAUUCAACUCGUACAACAGCCUAUACCACCGCAGCGAACAAUCACUCCAGUAACAACAAUAACAACAACAAAUCAUCAUUACGAUGAUGGAGUAUCUACACCACAACCAACGCCACCUCAUUCACCGAGGGUACCUGUUCAACCACCAAUAGUUCACACACCAGAAAUAACGGGUCAAGAAAUAUCGUUUGAGAGUGAAUCAGCUUCGACACCAAGCAGCGUUACACCACACGAAUAUAGCGAUCGUCCAUUACCUCAGAAUCAAAUUCAUGAUGUUCACACACCAGAUAGAACAAAUUCCCCUUCACCACCCACUACUCCUCAACCCAGUGUGCCAGUUGUUCAACCACUUCCAACACGAGUUGAAAAAAAGGAUGCAUCGACAAUGGCUGCUGUGGAAAUUCCACCUCCAACUGUCAAAGUACCUCCUCCACCAAUUCCAGUCAUCGUACCACCACCUAUCAAGCCCGUCUCACCUUCACCGUCUACAACAACCUUAUCCACAUCACCGACUCCGACAAUUUCAACGCCAACAUCUGUUAGUACACCCUAUUCAUUAGAUGAUAGUCCAUUUAGUGAUCACGCUUGGUUUGAACACCACAGUGAAGGUCAAAUAGAUGAAACACCACAAACCGAUUUAAUAUUGAAAAAAGCUCGUCAACGUUUACAACAACAAAGAAGUUACGAUGUUUUUUCAUCAUCUUAUCAUAAUAAUGGUGAUCAUACAUUAUCAGCUGGAGAAAUACAACAACCAUCACCAAACAUAACCUAUAGCGGCAGUAAAUAUGCUACUAAACCUCAUCCAAUCAUAACAACAGGGAUUACAACUACAGGUGAUGAUACCACUCCACCGUCGGAUGAUAGUAAUCAUUCAAAAAGUGAAGGUGAAAUCUCGUCCAGUAUGAUAAUGAAUCAACAAUCUCAAAUUCAUAUUCGAAUUCGAAAACCAAAACAAGGUUUUGUUGCACAAUCAUCAUAUAGAAAACAUCAUCGAAAUAAAGAGGAGAAAAAAGAUGACUCUUGA